UGUUGUGCACUGUGUGUGUGUGAUGUGCAGUGUGUGUGCGUAAUGAGCAGCAUGUGUGUAUGGAGCGGACACCGAUGAGGAGCUGUCAUCGAGGCAGGUGGACCCUUCACUACCUCCGGUAAAGUCCCCGCGGAGGGACACGGUGACGGGAUUACUGGCCGUUGAUGUGGGUUCAUCGUGUGUCUGAGAUUAUAAUCUGACAGCCAUGACUUCGGUUUGGAAGAGACUCCAGCGGGUGGGAAAGAAAGCAGCGAAGUUCCAGUUUGCUGCUUCGUUUCAGGAGCUGAUGAUAGAGAGCACGAAAAAAUGGCAGCCAGACAAACUGAGGGUGGUGUGGAUCAGGAGGAACAGACGUCACAGCACGAAGCUCCACAGCUGGCAGCCGGGGAUCAAAAACCCGUACAGAGGUCUGGUGGUUUGGCAGGUUCCAGAGAGUUUAGACAUCACCGUCACACUCUUCAAGGAGCCGACAGCGGAGGAGUUUGAAGACAAGGACUGGACGUUUGUCAUUGAAAAUGAAACGAAAGGUCGCAGGAAGGUUUUGGCGUCAGUUGACGUGAACAUGAAGAAGUUUGCAAGCGCGACGCCGGCUCAGUACGACAUCACCCUGAAGCUCAAACCACUCUCCGUCAAAGUGGUGGAAGCCACGCUGAAGCUCAACCUCUCCUGUGUCUUCCUCAAGGAGGGAAAAGCCACGGACGAGGACAUGCAGAGUUUGGCGAGUCUCAUGAGUAUGAAAAUGAGCGACAUCGGAAACCUGGACGACUUUAACGACAGUGAUGAAGAGGGAGGAGAGGAGAAGAGGCCGAGCUUUGGAACCGGACAGACUCCUCAUGUUACAGCUUCUUCUGCAUCCAGACUGCAUGAUCUGGCCUGGAGGCCUGCAGUUGACUCAGGCCCCUCAGUAACAUCAGAGAUGGACUGGAAAACAUCCUCUGGUUUUUCCUCCUCCAUCUCAGAUUCAUCUCGUCCUCCUCUGCCUGAACCCCCGGCUCUCUCAGUCCCUCCAUCUUUACUCUCCACCCAGCAGGCUCGUCCCUCCAUCUACGCCUACUCGCUCCCUGCCUUCACUCGGGCUCACCCCCCUGCUCUCCCCAAAAUCUUCCAGCCUGGUGCUGGAUCAGAGUUUAAGAGACAGCUGAGCACGCUGAGUGAAGAGGACAACCAGAGUACGACGCUAACAGCCGCUGAUCUGAGACCACCUGGAGGCUGGAGGUCAGAUCCAGUCAGGGCCUCAGAUCGGAAACGAGAGGCUCACUUUGGAUUUGAGGUCGUCAGAGCGUCAGUGGGGAAAGGAGAGAGUCCAGACGAGACUUCAGGGAAACCUGGAGGCCUCCAUCGAACUGAACCAACAACUCCUCAGAAGAAACCUGCGGAUGGAGCUGCUUCUUCUGAGAGCUCCUCACCGAGUCCGAGCUUGGUGACGUCCAGUCACUCUCUGCUGCAGUGGUGUCAGGAGGUCACACAAGGUCACAAGGGAGUGAGGAUCACCAACUUUAGCACCUCCUGGAGGAACGGCUACGCCUUCUGUGCCAUCUUACAUCACUUCUACCCUGAGAUGAUUAACUAUGACAUGCUGGACCCGUACGACAUCAAGACUAACAACAGAAAGGCCUUUGAUGGUUUUGCUGAACUCGGUAUAUCCCGUCUCAUCGAGCCUUCAGACAUGGUCAUGCUGGCCGUGCCUGACCGCCUCAUCGUGAUGACCUACCUCAACCAGAUCCGCACACAUUUUACGGGCCAGGAGCUCAGUGUGCUGCACAUCGACAAAGACAGCAGCGAGUCCAGCUACGCUGUCGCAGGGGACCGGGAGACCCCCGAGGACCCCGAGGCCACAGUCCGUUACUGCACCCAGAGGCUGCAGGAGGAGGGGAUUAGUCUGGAGACUAACGGGACGGCUGGCGCUUCAGAGGAGAGCAAACCCGGCACUGACGUUGUUCCUCCUCCCAGAACCAAACGCCUACAGGGCGGCGGAGCAGGGGGGACUCCGGUGGCACCGCCAAGGACUCAUUUCCUGUCCAAGUCAGGUUUCUCUCAUGUCAAAGAUGCUGAUCUGGUGAAGAAGAGGAGGUCACAGCGAAGAAGUGGAUCACUAGAUGAAGGAGAGAUAUCCAUGGUCGUAGCAGGGACAGAAGAGGGUGGCAGUCCUCGAAGGAAGUCAGAGACAGAGGGAACAGAGGCUGUGGCUGAGGAGGGUCGACCUGAAGGCCAGGAUGCCAGCCAGUACGUGCUGAACCAGAUGGAAGCUCUGGAGUCUGAACAAAACCACGUUGAUAACAGAGCCGGUGUGGUGGAGAGGAAGCUCCGACAGCUGCUGGAAACAGGCAGUGAUAAGGUGGAGGAGGAGCGUCUAAUCCAGGAGUGGUUCAUGCUGGUCAACAAGAAGAACGCUUUAAUCCGGAGGCAGGACCAUCUGCAGCUGCUGCUGGAGGAGCAGGACCUGGAGAGAAGAUUUGAGCUUUUGAACAAAGAGCUGAGGGACAUGAUGGCGAUUGAUGAGUGGCAGAAGACUCAGGCUCAUAAAGUCAGAGAGCAGCUGCUGCUGCAGGAGCUGGUGUCACUGGUGAACCAGAGAGACGAACUGGUGCACAACAUCGACGCCAAGGAGAGAGGAGCUCUGGAGGAAGACGAGCGUCUGGAGCGAGGUCUCGAGCAGCGCAGGAGAAAGUAUGCCAAACAGCAGAAAGAGAAGUGUCUGAUGCAGUGAGCCAAAUAAACCUGCAGCCACGACAAUCUGCCUCAAACAUCCUGUGGAGGAGGAGGGACGAUCUUUCCUCUGCUGUGAGAUUUAUGUGCAUGGACCAUCAACACUCCUGAGGAGGAGAGGAGAUGCUGCAGCAGCACCAGGUGGAUGUGCUUUUCUAGAGAUGACAUCACUCCAGUCAGAAUCUGAACUCAGCGGGAUCAGCAGAUCCUCAGAGAGAGCGUCUUUAUUUGAACUGGUUGCUUUGCAGUUUGUGUGUUUUACAGAGACUUUGUUACUGAGUGUGAAUGAUCAGAGUGUCAAAGAGGAAGUGAGAGGCUGAAGGUGUUUGGUACAAAUCAAGCGAGGUCAAGAGAUCAUGUUUAGUCUCUCAGGCUAAAUGAUGAAGAGGUACAUUAAGUUUUAGAGUUGCUCCUGUAGGAUUCUUCAUCCUGCAGCAGGUCAACAGGCUGCAACAUAAUCCUUCAUAGGUCAAAGUGAGUCCUCUAACAGUUUUUGUUUUUGUCCCUGACAGGCUCAGGUUGUUACUUUAAGAUUCAGACAGUGUUACAGAGAGAGAGCUUUAUGAGGAAGAGGAGGAAACAGCUGUUACAUCUCUCUACACACACACCAAACUACAACGAGAGAAACAGAUAUUCUUACUGCAGGAGUUGCUGCUCCACCUCUACCUCUCUACCUAAACUCCACUCAAACUUUAUUUUCGUUCAUCAGGAUAUCUCGUUUAGAGCUGAACAAAACAGCGUUUCUCAAAGAGAAGGUGCCAAGUGGUGCAAAAGAAAGUAGGGUGAUAAAACGACAGACAACAAAAUGAAAAAAAAAACAACAACAUGAAGACAGACGAGAACAGGGCUGACUAUGUGGAUUAAACUAAACAUUGGUCAAGAAGUAAAAUAAAGAGAUUAAACAUUAUACUAAUCUUUAUUUAUUUAUAUAGCACUUUUCAAAACAGGGUUACAAAGUGCUUCACAAAUAGCAAAGAAACUAAAAGACAAUAAAAGAGAAAUGUGAGGAAGACAAUGACUAAACGUUUAAGAGAUAAAAACAAAAAGAUUAGGAAAGGAAGAUUAAAAGGUUAAGACUGCAAAGAGAUAAAACAAUGUUGGAGGACUAAAAACAACAAAAGAUUAAAGGAGAGAGACAUUUAAUGACCGUGCACAGUUGUUGAUAUUCUGCUUAGAUAUGAUAUACGUAUGAGUAAGAUCCAGAUAUUCUUCUUUUACUUAUAAAGUUUGCACAUAGCUUCAUUUUUCAUUUAUGAUUUCGUAGAAGUUCCUCCAGAACUUUUUUUUUUAACUGUUGGAGAAUGUUUUCUCCAGUUCUGAGCCUCACAGAGCUGAACCUGUUUCACCGACAACUGCCACUUAUGCUUUCUUAUCUUAUUUGGAAUAUUAUUGUGCUUUAAUAGAAGUUUUUUGUUGUAAAAAAAACUACAGAAAAAUACAUUUUACUGAUGAGAUGAUAAUCACAAGAAGUAUACAAUUUUUUAUUAUUAAACUAUUUUUCCAAUAUUCAAUAAUCCUGACUGACAAUAUUAAAGAAAGGACCCUGCAGAGAGAGAGCUCUUACAUCACUCUACGCACACACCGGAAGACACUGAGGGAAGCUACCCCUAUUUUUGGUUAUUAUUUAUUACAAAGAUAUUUAAUUUGAUCCUAAACAAACUUUUAAAUCACUUAAGUCACAAUAUGAACAAACACCUGAGCCUGUCAGAGACAAAAACAAGACCUUUUAGUGGAUGUACUCACCUUGUUUUAACUCAGCCGUUACAGCCUGAGUCACUGAUACAGUUUGACUCGGAUCGACUCUGUGAAAUUCAAACCUUUUUGUAUCAUAUAUCAUUACAGAAUAAUUCUACAAUGAGGCCCAAACGUUCCUCUAAAGUUACAAACAUGUCAUGAUGGUAAUGUUUACAUUUCUCAAGUGCUGGGUGAAAAUACCCAACCGUUUCUUUUUGACCAUUCAGCUUCAAAAUACAGAAAUCAUCCUUUAAGUCUCUGCAGUUGAUGUUGAACAGCGACUAACGUAGCUUCACCUUGAUGUGAAACUCAACUUUUUGAACAUGCAAUUCAUCACCAAAGAUGCCUUACUUAUCAACAACUGCAGAGAGAGCAAAGUCUGUCCGCCCCGUCCUGCACAGAUUUACUUCACCUGCUGCGUAAAUGUCCGUUUCAUUACGUUUUCCCGCUCUUGUGUUUUCUCUGCCUCUUUUUAUUGCAGAGAUGAAAGUUUGAAUCCUCAGAGAUGAGAGAGAGGGGAACGUGAUGUGGUCUGAUUCUGGUUGUUUGUGAUGUUGAAAUGUUUACGUUGGAGCAGAGCAGAUGAAGAUAUGAACAGGAUACAAAGUCGAGGAGAGAAGCCAUGCAGCAACUUUUUACUAACUUAUAGCAUUUAUUUAAAGUUUGACUUAGUUUAAUAUUUAUUGAUAAAGCAGCCUCACAGAUACGUCCACUUAUACUGUGUUGACGUAGAAGCAGGAACAUUUCCUGUUAUUGUGAAUAUUCAGACACCUUCGAUAACUUCAGACAUUAAAGACAUUAUGCAAAUGAGACGAAGGGUGAAUAUGUGAACGUCCUGCAUGAUCAAAUCUCCUUAGCCUUAAUUAACCUCACAGGAUGCUUCCUUCUCGUUUUUGCACUGACAGCUCUUCGUCUUCUCUUCAGAUGAUCUGUGACAGCAUCAUCUCUGAGAGGUUUUAGUUUUAUGUGUGAGAGUUUGCAGUUAUCUUGUGUUGCCAUAAAAGCAGGAUGUGUCGGUCUGUGAAUGGGGUACAGUGUGUUCACAGGAGAACUCGUAUCUGUGGUUUUUAUGUCACGUUUAUGUCGUUACGUUAUUUGUAAAGUUUGAAAAUGACUAAAGAUUCGAAUGCCAUCA